AUGGAGUUGAUGGAAAACAAAGGCAAGAAAAUUCAGCGGAUAAGGCAAGUGGUGUCCCUUCUCAUUGUCCUCGGGGGGCUGGGGGUGGACUCGGAAUCACUUCGGUAUUCAGUAGUGGAAGAAACUGAGAGUGGGUCCUUCAUAGCUAAUGUGGCAAGAGAUUUAGGACUGGAUGUUGGAAAGCUGUCUGCUCGGGAGGCUCGGAUCGUUUCCAAAGAUGACGAGCCGCAUUUUCACCUCAACCGUCAGACAGGGGACUUGUAUUUAAAGCAGAAACUAGACCGCGAGGAGCUUUGCGGCCAGAGCGAGCCCUGCUUGCUACAUUUCCAAAUUUUAUUGGAAAAUCCCGUACGUUUUUUUCCAGUUGAGAUUAGAGUGAGCGAUGUAAAUGACCACUCUCCUGUGUUUCCGGGAAAGGAAAUGUUUCUGAAAAUCCCGGAAAGCGGUACUCCUGGAAUGGUUUUUCUGUUGGAACGGGCUCAGGAUUUGGAUAUAGGAAGCAAUAGUCUCCAGGACUAUGCAAUCAGUCCAAACUCCUAUUUCCACGUUAAAGUUCGAGAGGGCGGCGACGGAAUAAAGUUCCCGGAACUGGUGCUGGAUAAAGCCCUGGAUCGCGAGAAACAGCCUGAAGUUCGGUUAGCUAUCACGGCUGUGGACGGAGGAUCUCCUCCGAGAUCAGGAACCGCCCAAAUACGCAUCGCUGUAGUAGACAUAAAUGACAACGCACCUGUGUUUUCUCAGCCGCUAUACGAGACUCGGGUUCCCGAAAACAGUCCCGUGGGCUCUCUGCUUGUCACUGUCUCUGCUAAUGACUUAGAUGCAGGAAACUACGGUGAUGUAUCUUACUCUUUUUUCCAAGCAUCGGAGGAAAUUCGGAAACAGUUUCAGAUAAAUAACAUAUCGGGAGAAAUCCGAGUCCGGGAAAAAUUAGAUUUCGAAGAAAUACAGUCCUAUACAGUCAAUGUUCAGGCCACGGACGGGGGAAGUCUUUCAGCAAUAUCCACUGUUCUUGUUCGGGUCACUGACGUGAACGACAACCCCCCCGAACUCACCAUGUCAUCAAUCACGAGCCCCAUUCCCGAGAACUCCCCUGAAACCGUGGUCGCUGUUUUCAGCGUUAGAGAUCGCGACUCUGGGGACAACGGUAGAAUGGUGUGUUCCAUCCAGGAAAAUGUGCCUUUCGCCCUCAAACCGACGUUUGAGAACUUCUACACCUUGGUAACAGACCGAGCGCUGGACCGAGAAAGCCAGUCAGAAUACAACGUUACUAUCACUGUCACGGAUUUAGGCUCCCCAAACCUCAAAGCGGAGAAGAACAUCACGGUGCUGAUAUCCGAUGUCAACGACAACCCCCCUGUGUUCAAUCAAACAUCCUACACACUGUAUGUCCGGGAAAACAACAGCCCCGCCCUGCACAUCGGCAGUGUCCGAGCCGUGGAUAGGGACGCGAGAGAGAACGCCAGGGUGUCCUAUUCUUUGCUGCCUCCCGAGGCCGGCGACCUUCCCCUCUCCUCUUACAUCUCCAUCAACUCGGACAAUGGCAAUCUUUAUGCUCUGAGAUCCAUGGAUUACGAAGCCAUUCCGGAGUUCCAAUUUGCAGUGAGAGCGAUUGACGGCGGUUCCCCGGUCCUGAGCAGCCAGGCGAUGGUUCGUGUGUUGGUCCUGGAUGACAAUGACAACAGUCCCUUCGUCCUGUACCCUCUGCAGAAUGGCACCGCCCCCUGCAAUGAUCUGGUCCCCAGAUGGGCGGAGGCCGGCUACCUGGUGGCCAAGGUGGUGGCGGUGGAUGCGGACUCGGCUCAGAACUCUUGGCUUUCCUUCCAACUCCUCAAGGCCACGGACCCUGGGCUCUUCAGCGUGUGGUCCCACAACGGAGAAAUCCGAACCACAAGGCUUAUCACCGACAGAGACAUCAUCAAGCAAAGACUCGUUGUCCUUGUAAAGGACCACGGGGAACCCCCUCUGUCCACCGAGGCCACUCUGCACGUACUUCUGGUAGACGGCUUUUCGGACCCCUAUAUCCGAAUCUCCGAAGUGCCGAGGGUCGAAGAACAGGAGGACUCCCUCACGGUGUACCUGGUAAUUGCUCUGGCCUCCAUCUCAUUCCUCUUCCUCUUCUCGAUGAUUGUCUUCAUCAUACUUAGGUUGUGGAGCAGGAGGAGACACGCCACGGAUGCUACCACUUUAGGCCCCGAUGGUCUUUUCCCGGGACAUCUGGUGGAUGUGAGCGGCACUGGGACCCUCUCCCACAGUUAUCGCUACGAGGUUUGCUUAACCACUGGCUCGGGGAACAGCGAAUUCAAAUUUCUCAAACCCGUCAUUCCCAGUCUCCCAGCCCAGGAGGGUGAAAGGGAUCUGGAAGAGAAUCCUCCAUUUCGCAAUAGUUUUGGCUUUAAUUAGCGAUAGAUCCUAGCAGAAGAGUUUUUGUGAGUAACUAUUACGAUGUUACGAGAAUAGUUAUCCCAACAUAAUGUUUUCCAAAAGUGUG